CGUGCUACUUUAGUUGCGGGAUAACGUACUUUAACUUUAACAGAUUUUGAAUUGAAAAUACAUCGUUCAAAUAUAUGUAACUAUUAUUUAGACAUCUCCUGGGCCACAUUGUUUACUUUAUUAAGAUGGCUACGCUACACUAUGUUGCAUCCGAUGGCGUGUGUAAUAGAGUGAUUACGGCAGGGUGUCUAACGCUUCUCGUUCUCCAAGUGGACUUGCUUUUCUGAGUUUGUUAUUCCGGACAGGUUAGGACAGGUGAUAUCGUCAGUCUCAUUGACUUUCCAUUGUUAAAGAUGGCUCUACGCGUUUGCAGUUCUUUUCUGCGUUCUUACGCGACACGCGGCAAGCCGUUUCUCAGUGGACUGUCAUCAGUCCGGUUCAGAAGUUCCUGUCCUGUUGACAUCAGUCAUCUGGACCACCUGGUGCUCACUGUUCGGGACCUGAACAAAACCACUCAUUUUUACUCCAAGGUUUUGGGAAUGGAGGUCGUCACUUUUAAGGGUGACCGUAAAGCUUUGAGCUUUGGAGAGCAGAAAAUCAACCUGCAUCAGGCUGGGAAGGAGUUUGAGCCGAAAGCCAAAAGCCCAACACCAGGAUCUGCUGACUUGUGCCUUAUCACCAAGACCCCGCUGACAAAUGUUGCUGCCCACCUCAAGGCGUGUGGAGUGACAAUCGAGGAGGGCCCAGUUGACAGGACUGGCGCUGUGGGUCCCAUCCGUUCCCUCUAUUUUCGUGACCCUGACAACAACUUGAUUGAAGUGUCCAAUUACCAACAAUAGACGUUGCGUUGUAUCAUUGCCUGGAGAAGAAUAUAAAUCGCUCUGUAAUUAAAUAAUAAACAACUCCCAUCAAGGUUUGAAGGAAGGAAACUAUUUGCUUUUGAUUUUGGCUGAGCUAAUAUUUCCUUCUUUUUAAAACUUCCUUAUGUCGUGGCCUCAUUAUCAAACCAUUUUGGGGCAAGCACGUACUGAGACACUGUAUAUGAUUUUCAAUUAUAAUUAUUAUGUGGGGUAAAUUCAUUUGAAGCCAUUAAGUUCUAAGAUUCUGACUAUAUUCACUUAUAAUCUUCCUCUGUUCUUUGGAUAAUGUUAAAGAGAAUUCAUUUAAAUUUAAAUGAUAAUGAUAGUACUUUUAAUAUUAAUAAUAUUAAUUUAAAAUGGUAAUAUGUCAUGAUAUUAUUGGUCCAUUGCUAUCCCUUAGUGAUGAUGAUGAUGAGUUUUAUUAUUACUACCAUAAUAAAGGCAAUAAAACAAAUAACAACCAUGA